AUGUAUGGACACGUUGGUAAUGAAUUUUCUUAUAACAACUUGGGCCAUUUUCCAUUACCAGACAUCACUAGUACUACUACUGCACCAUUAGUCCUGCCCCAGCUCUCAAUUCCGAGCAACAACCUCGACUCCCUUUCGGCAUUCAAAUCCGAUAGCAGUGGAUGCAGCAGUUAUAUUGGCUCUCCCACUUCAAUCACCAGUUUUGGAACACACACUCCAACUUUGAUUCAACGGAGCAUCAGUAGCCACUCUCUUCAGAAAAACUAUGAAGGCUACUCUACACUGGAUUCAUCCCCAGUCAGGAAGGCUUUAAGCACUGGUGAUUUGCAGGGCAUAAACUUGGCACAACAUAACCAGCGUUGCAACAGUCCAUUGUCAAAUGACAGCAGCAUUAUCAUAGAAAGUAUGAACAAAGCCUGCCGAUACAGUCCGGAGGAGAAAAAAGAGAGAAUUGAGAGAUACAGAAGCAAGAGGAAUUUGAGGAAUUUCAACAAGAGGAUCAAGUAUGAAUGUAGGAAGACAUUAGCAGACAGUCGACCGCGCAUUAGGGGGAGAUUCGCGAGGAAUGAUGAAACGGAGAAGACAACGCAAAGUCAUUAUGAUAAUGCGGGUAUAGAGGAAGAUGAAGAGGAUGAUAAUAACUGGAUCGAUAUUAUUAAUGCUUUUUCUGCAAAUCUGAUGCCAUGA